UUUUCUGGUUCUCACUGUUCUCCAUUUUAGAUCUUCACCAUGGGGGUCUUAAACUUAUUCUUAGUGUGUGCUAUUUACAGCGUUCAUACCUCUCUAGUCACGGGUGCUUUCUUUGGAAGUGCGCUGUCUGGUGGUGUAAAAGCUGAAUUGCAACCUUUGGAACAAAAACCCUUGGUAAGAAUUGCUAGGGCGAAAAAGCAAAAGGAUGAUGAUAACAAACCAAACCCUGAAAAUGGAGUAGUACCAGAAAAGGGAAAUGGGGCAAAACCAGGAAAAGGAAAAAAACCAACAGCUCAGGGAAAAAGCAAGAAGAAAAAGUUGAAUAAACGUAGGAAAAAGAAGAAUGGACGACAGGGUAAACCAGGAAAGCAAAACAACAAACCUGGAACAUCAGAUAAACCAGAAAAGGAGGAAAAGCCUGUGAAAGAAGAAAAACCUGCAAAGACAGGAAAAGGAAAAAAAAGCAAGUCAAAAAAGAAAAAGAAGAAUGGACUUGGUAAAAAGAAAAAUGGAAUUGAUAAAAAAAAGAAAGCAAUAGAGAGGAAAAGAAGGAGAAAAUUAGACGCAGGAAAGAAAAAUGAAGAAGGAACAUCAAACUCCAAAAACGGAGGCAAAAAGAAGAAAGAGACAGGAAAAUCAGCUGCUGGCAGAAAUACCCUUAAACAAACAAUAACAGAUCAAUGCGUUUUGGACCUUGUUGAGCUGGGGGGAAUAUUUGGCAACCAGGCCAGAAAUUUCUUCCAAAUAGCUACUCGUGCACUCACAUCUAGCUACGCCAUUGGAAACAAAACAGAGAAGAAAACUAACUUCAAGGAUCCGUUCAGUAUUCUUGUUAACAACCUGGGAGGAGAUUUUUCAAAUCUUACUUGUUCAGGAAAAUCUGUAAAAAAUGAUUCUGUUUCAGUUACCGCUGAGACCCUGGCAGCCUGUGAGGUUCAAAUUGAAGCUGCUUGCAAUGGAAGUUUGACAGCUGCAGAGGAAACUCAAAUUUCUGCCUGCAGAACAGCAUCAGAUGAAUUCAGGAAACUCUUCUUAUCUCUGAUGGCCAAUGGAAAGACAGCAGCAGAGCUCUGCACUGCUACCACUGAUGCGAGCCUUGUUAGUCUAAAGGAUCAAGUAAAGAAUUGUUCCUUUUUGACUACAAGUGGAGGUAUGGCACAGUCUAAGCCUGGUCAAAGAAAAGCAUGUAACAAAGCUUUUUCUGAGUGCCGAACUGCAGAGAGAGAAACAAUUUCAGCCAUUAAUAGAUGUGCCGUUUGCCCAACCACAGCAGAUGCCAAACAAGAGUUGGCUGCUCUUGAAAAUCUAGCUGGAGCAUUAGAAGCAUCUGAGCAGGCAGUUGGAGCUGCGUUGGAAGCAGCCGGAGUAGCAAGCGGACCUGGAGCAGAUGGAACUCUUCCUAUUGCACCAAAGCAGGGAACUGGAAAACAAGAGGCUCCAGGGUGUCAGGCAGUUCUAGAAAGUUAUAUCGCCUUCAAUAAGAGUGCAGAAGCUACUGGCUCUGAUCCAAACAAAGCUCUUAACCAAGCCCAAGCUGCAAAAGCAACUGAAGCGUUGACUGAAAUUGGUGCUCGGCCAACUUUAAUUGAGGACCUGAUCUCUUGCUCAAAGGCAGAAUCAGUUACAAUCCGAGCAAUUGACUACAUCAGAUUUUAUCUCUUCUGGGCUAAAGAAUGGAGGAAAAAUGUUAUUCUAGUUCGUGUGGUUGCUGUUGCUACCACUUUUAACAUUCCAUCCCCAUUAGCUCCUAAUGUAGUGGCUCCAUCAACAACUGCAGCUCCAGCAACAACUGCAGCUCCAGCAACAACUACAGCUCCGGCAACAACUGCAGCUCCAGCAACAACCGCAGCUCCAGCAACAACAGCAGCUCCAGCAACAACCGCAGCUCCAGCAACAACCGCAGCUCCAGCAACAACCGCAGCUCCAGCAACAACCGCAGCUCCAGCAACCACAGCUCCAGCCACAACCAUAGCUCCAGCAACAACAGCUGCACCAGCAUCAACUGCAGCUCCAGCAACAACUGCUGCUCCAGCAACAACUGCAGCUCCAGCAACAACUGCAGUCCCGGCAACUACUAAUGCUCCAGCUACUUCAGCAGCUUCCACUGCUGGAUCAACUGGUGGUUCAUCUGCUUCUACUGCUGCAUCAACUGGUGUUUCAACUGCUUCUACUGCUGGAUCAACUGGUGGUUCAUCUGCAUCAACUGCUGCUUCUACUGCUGUAUUAACUGGUGGUUCCUCUGCUUCUACUGCUGGUCCCACUGAAGGUUCAUCUGCUUCCACUGCUGGUUCAACUGAUGGUUCUAUUUCUUCAGAUUCUUCAGCUUCUUCAGAAGCUUCUCCUUCUUCAGCUUCUUCAGCUUCUUCAGCUUCUUCAGAAGCUUCCGCUUCUCCUUCUUCAGCUUCUUCAGCUUCUUCAUACAUAAGCUUUCCCUUCUUCAGCUUCUUCAGAAUCUUCCUCUUCCCUUUCUUCAAAAGCUUCCUCUUCAGCUUCUUUAGCUUCUUCAGAAGCAGCAGCAGGUCAAGUUUAAAUUUCUUCAGCAGCAUCUUUUUCAACAUUAACAGCAAGGGGUUCAUCACCUGCAACACCAGCAACUUCUUCACCUCGUGCCACAGAACCUUCUUCACCUACUGCACCAGCUGUGUGAGAUGGUGAACAUUGAUCAACACAAUUUUCUUCACAUGGAUGCCAUCUGAUUAUCAAUAUUUUUCACGUCCUAGCAUUAAAAAUUAAUAUGUUUAAAAAUUAUGAAUCAGCUAAAUGCUAGGAUUUAUUUGACUUAAUUGUAACACUUUUUUCAAAAUAAACUAAUUUCUUUUCAUUUU